UUAUUGACUGACGUCAGUGUCUGGAUAACCCCGCCCAUUCUGUAAAUCGGCGAGCGAGCCCAACCGUCAGUGGCUGAUUGGAAGUUCCUGGAUGAAUUCAACCUCCCAACCUGAGCUACACGGGAACUAUCAGAACCUUCUCGACACAACUUGACCAAAACACAGCACAAUAUCUACUUUACUUCGCCUUGAGAACGUUCCUCAUUAACACGGAGAAGGAGACGGUCAUUUAGAUCCUGUUAAAGUGCCGAGCCAUUUUCGUCGACUGCCAUGUCGUCUGAGGCACAAUCAACAACCCCAUCCUUGAACCCUGAAGGAACAACAACUACUGUGCCAAAAGAGUCUCUAUGCCCUCCUGAAUGCAGACACCGUGAGCGCUCACCUUCCCCCAUACGGGGCUUAAAUAUCCCCAGUCCCAUGCCCACACGAAGGAACAGAACCUGUUCAGCGACAGCUAAAGCAUCAGAGGGUCCGGUAUUUGCUGGCGUGUGCAAAUGUUUUUCCCGCGCCAAAGGCCAUGGCUUCAUCACACCUGCCGAUGGUGGCAGCGACAUCUUUGUCCAUAUCUCAGACAUUGACGGCGAGUACGUGCCAGUGGAAGGUGACGAGGUGAGCUACAAGUUAUGCUCCAUCCCACCAAAAUUCGAGAAGGUCCAGGCGGUCGAGGUGACCAUCACUCACCUUAAGCCAGGAAGCAAACACGAGACCUGGACCGGAAAUGUCGUCAACAGCUGAAUUCAUGACACCACACUGAGUUAUAAAACAAGGAAUAGAGGAAUGGGGUUUAUAGCCUAAAGCACAUAACUAGAAGGGAAUUGUUGCUGUCUUUUUUUUUUUUUUUUAAGGUGUUUUCCUUCUAGCAAAUUUAUGUCCAUACUUUGAGAUAAAAACAGACUGUUCAUUUGCCAAGUGUAAUAAUAGGAUUUUUGUGGACAUGCUUAUCACAGGAAAGGCUUUAAAUAUUUUGUGUCACAUUUACAUUUUUGACACAUUUUUAUUUGACCUUUAUUGUGCAUUAUUAUUUGGCAAUAUGUACUGAUGUUCAGUUGCAGUUUACCAACCUAAGUUUUAUAAAGGUCAGCUGAAAUUUUAUGGCUAUUGUUAAUUCAUGUAACACUUUUGGGGCAAUUACGACAGUUUUUUUGUUGUUGUUUUGAACCAGGUCAACACUGUGCCUACUUCUGUCAUCAGACCCAAGACGUCUUCUUGUGCCUUUAAUACAUUGCCUGUAUUUAUCAUAUGUGGGUAAAUAUAUUGUCUAUUAAAGAGUUGUGAGCAUC